AUGCAUUUCAAAAUCAUCGUCACAAUUUUAAUACGGGCUGCCCAAAGUUUAGGCGAGCCAUGCGCCGAAGUAUCAGCAUCAUGGGCAGCCCAAGCCACUGCGCCCUUCACCCGCGACUACAGAGCUCAAGUCCCAGCUCGACUCGCAAUCGACUGUCUCACGUCUGUGCCUGUCGAUGUUGAAGGCGACAUCAAAGAAAUUGAAGAGCUGAAGAAUUUCCUACAAUUCCAAUCGACGCUCAGCUACUUGAAAGAAGGUCACUACGCCAACAUCCCAGAAGAAGUGCACAACCAGCCUCUAGACCUGCUUAGCCGAUUAGACGACGUAGCAGAGUCGAUCAGAAAUAGAACAUUUAAAGACGAGUUCGCCGUGCAGCUUGCUAUCCACAACUUAUUCAGGCAGAGCGGUGACUUCCACCUUCGCUUUCGACCAGACAUGCAGGAGAUUUUCCUCUUUGUCAGACCUGAAAGCAAGCUGGUCUCGUUAUCUGAGGAUGGAGUAGCAUUGCCACAGCUCUAUCUUCUGUCGGACUUGGAGAGGGAUACAAAAAUUUCGUAUUCUGCUCUGAAGACGAUCAACGGAGAGGACGCGAGCCAGUAUCUUGAGAGGUUAUGGACGCACAAUGUGUAUCAUGAUGCGGACGCUCGAUACAAUAGCUUCUUUCCUAAUCCAGCGGCUCAGGCUCUGGGUAUGGAUAGUGGUGGGCAAUUCUAUCUCACGCAGGGGCUGUAUGAUGGCCCGACAACCGAGUUCAAGUUUGUCAAUGGCUCGCACGUAGUCAGGGAGAAUGUUGCCAUGAUUCGUGAGUUUGUCAACUUCUCGGGUGUGAGGGACGGACCAUCCUUUUUUGCCAAGUUUUGUCAAGGGAAAAUGGGGAGACAAGUCAGGGAGACAAGAAUCGAGCCAUCGAAAAGGUCGAAUACAAACACAAGUUCAACAUCGUUCCCAAUGCCAAAGGGAUAUCCCCAGCCACUUAUCUCACAGAGCGGGCUCGCAAUUCAGGGCUAUCAUCUCAACAGCACUAAAUAUCAUGAUGUUGCUGUUCUCGCUGUGCCCAGCUUUCAGCCAAUUGCAGCCGCAAAAGAUGGAAGAAGUGGCAAAAUCAGUGGCUUUCUUGAAGCUCAAAACGUCAUCAAGGAGUUUAUUGCACAAUCAGCACGGGAUAUGAGAACCAAGCUUAUCGUUGAUUUGCGCGGAAACAGUGGCGGAACAAUUGACAUGGCAUUUGAGUUAUUCAAGCAGCUCUUCCCUGGUAUUGAACCGUUUGGAGCUUCUAGAUCUCGAGCACAUGAAGCUUUUCGACUUUAUAGCUCAUCGGUUGCCGAUCUGGUCAACAAUAGGACUCCGACGGUGGUGAAUUCACAACUGUACACAGACAUGGCAGGUAGCACGGCGAAUGUUGUAGCAAACCUCCUCAAUGUCCAAGGGACGCGGUUCAAGGACUUUAAAACAUAUUACGGUCCAUACACCGCCAACAAGGACGAAUUCACCGCGGCACAAAGAUACAACUUUUCCAACCACUUUGGCGGGCAUCCACUGGCGCCGUACGUCAACCUCAGCGGCUACGACGAGCACUCCUCGGCGCGACCACUUCGACUUGAUCCUCCGUUCCGCCCUGAGAAUAUAGUCAUACUACAGGACGGGUUUUGCGGAUCUGCGUGUGCGAUGUUUGCCCAGCUCAUGGGCGAGCAGGGACACGUACAGACAAUUGCGGUUGGUGGUCGGCCUCGAAAUGCGCCAAUGCAAGGUAUAGGCGGGACGAAAGGAGCGCAACUUCUCACAUUUGACUCGAUAAUUCGACACAUGAGGACGACGGAGGAGAUGGUCAAGUUGAUGUACGGGGUUCAAGCUGCCAUGAACCUAGUUCAGACAACAGCAGUUGGGAAACUGUUGAAUACAUCGCAGUUGUAUCUUCGUUCGGCGCACUCCAAUCCUGAUGAGCGGUUGAAUGGCGCUGUCAACUCUCUCGAUAACUUGAGGCAAGGCGAUGGGAGUAACACACCACUUGAGUUUGUGUACGAGGCAGCGGACUGUCGAUUGUUUUACACUAAAGAAUCCUUCUUUAAUCCGGUUCGACUGUGGGAGAUGUCUGCCACCGUGAAGUGGGGGAAUGGAAAUGGUGACGGUGAUGAUGAUGAUGAUGGGAACCGCAUGGUAGAUUGUGUCGAAGGGAGCAUGGGGCAUGCAACGGCCGCAGGUGUCAAGAGGGAUGUACCAUUUAGUGUGCGAAAGAGAAUGGCAUGGGAUGAUAGGAUGCAAUUCUGGGGCAUGGUGUUAAUCGUUGGUACGGCGUGCUUCAUGCUGCUGAGUGUCGUUGUGCAGCAGGAUUGGCGUUUGCGUUGGCGACGAAGAUGA